ACGACCGAAAACUCUCUCAUCCUCUCCGUUGGUCUUGCCGCAGCCACCGGAGCAGCGACGUCGACCGGAUCGACCCCGACGAGCGGCGGCGGAGAUGGCGCGGUUCGACCCGUGGCCGGUGUUCUUCCGGCGGGAGUGGGCCCGCACCUGGCCCUUCCUGGCGGGCUUCGCCGUCACCGGCGCCCUCGUCACAAAGCUCACCGCCGGGUUCACCGAGGAGGACCUCAGGGCCUCCAAGUUCGUCCAGGCGCACAGGCGCUGAGCCCCUCAGGAUGGGACGGCUCCUGUAAUUCUCACUGAAUUAAUCCCAUCAACGUGGUUGGCAGAUUUUUUUUUAAUACGUUAUUAGUCGAAUGAACUCGCUGAGUGCAAGCCAAUAGUAUACCCCAACUUUCUAUUGUAACUUUUGUAAUAAGAGGUUUCCUAAAGGCCUAAACAAAGAAAUUAAAUUCCAGCUUCUCAAGAUGCAUGAGGUAUCUUGGUUCUUAUAUGGUUAUAUUGGCGGCGGGGAUAACAUUCAUAUGUUUUGUUUUGCUGA